AUGUGUGCGGGAAAAGGCAAAAAAGGAGUUUCUUGGUUUUUGGCUCAAUUGGAACAAUUCACAGAAAUAAAUUUCGACCCUGAAUCGUUUGUCAAGAGUGUUACGAAAAUUCACUUACGUUCUGUAAAUACUACGAUCUCUUGCAGAGCUUUAAAGCACAACGUUGAACGAGUCAGAGUGGGAAAUAACUUUAAUGUAGAAGGGCAUUCUCAUAAUAACAGCAGCAGACUUGCUGAUGAUUUGCCAUCACAAACUUUUCGCAUUUACAAGUUGAUGGUGUACCUUAAAACAGCGUCAGAAAAUUCAUAUAAGGAGAAAUUUCUUAAAUGUUCAAUGGCGGAAAAAAUGCAAGCUGGAUUUUAA